GCGACAGACAACAGUGUUCAAAAUGCCAACGUCGGAGCGAGUUUGAAUUUGGUGGCGCGGACCGUUCGGUGAAUUAUUAAUUUAGAAUGUCAACUAAAAUCAGCAAACGUGUGGAUUCAAAAUCACAAAAGAGGUUAUCUGUUGCUCCAAAAUGUCUUGCUAUUGUGUUGUCGCCGGAUGAUGUAGAGCCUGGAAAGACUCCGCCGGAUUUAUCCGGGAAAGUGGUUUUGGAUGACUUCAAACUCCGGAAUAAAACGUGUUAUUGGAAUCCAGCACUCGUGGAAAGUAUUCAAAACUUGGAGUAUCGAGGGUACGUUGAGCCGGACACAUUGCUUGUUGGAGGGGAAGAUAUCCAUCUUGAAAACUUGCGGACUGCUUGGGGAAGACGCGUUCUCAACGACCCAGCACACUUCAGAAUCACACGGAUUGGAGACAUUGGCAGUAUCAAGAUGCAGGUGAUUCCACAGACCCAGUUUAUACCUCUACCCGAGAUCCUGUGUCUGGUAAUCCUUGACCUCAACAGUAAACAGGUCGUGGCCACACUAGAUGUCAUCCACACCCGCCUCACACAGUGUUUCUGUGACCUCCAGUCGCCUGGCGUGCAAGUCCUCUAUGAUACCCUUGGCACUCUCAUACGCCAACGAAAGGUCUUCCACAACGGGAGUGGCUACUUUGUGGUGACCCCAGACACGUACCGCCUGCCAACAGAUGAUCCCCAGCAGUCGUAUCCAGUCAGCUGGAUGCAUUAUAAUCCAAUGUACAUCCCUGUUCCGACUAACCAACAAAAGACCUUACUGACACGCUCCAUAUCCUGUCAAGUCAGCCUGGUAAAUCAACCCCAAACCGUUCCCCAGGCUCCACCCACACAGACUCCACCUUCUCAAGUCAUACCCGCCACGCCAACAGAGGUGUCCAAACCACGGGAGGAGAUAUACACAGACGGGACAGACAUACUACAGUCUAUAGCCAAUGAAAAACCUCGUCUCAGCCGUAGUUCUAGUGCAAGACACACAAAAGAAAGAGCCAGUAAGGAUGAGCGAGACAACACCAAGUCAGUCAGCAGAUGUUCCUCUAUGAGAGGAGAGCGGGGAUGUCGAGGUGGAGAAAACCGUGACCUUAACCUUGCCAAUAGUAACCUGAACAAAGUAAAGGACAAAGGAGAGAAGAAAUCUUUACUGUCAAAGUUGUUUGGUCGUAAAAAGAAAAAGAAGCCAGAGAAACAACAGAAACAACUGGAAGAAAGGAAAGUUGAACCUCCAGCAGCAAUAACGGUCAGCAGUGGAGAGUAUGCCACGUUUUCAGCACAGUUCCCUCCCCCUGAGUGGCAGUGGUACCAGGAACAGAUAGAGAAACAAGAAAGAACAAAUUCCUGGCUCUAUCAGCAGAAACAUCCUGGUCAUGAAGGCCCCAACUCCAAACAGGAUGGAUCAAGUUCCUCAGAUUAUGUAUCUCCUCAACAGUUGUUUCCAAGGCAGCACGUGUACGAAGCUGCAAGGCGACAGAAAAUGAUGAAUCCGUCAAAGCUAAGUCCUUUUGCUGAGCAUGAUGAGGAACACUACUGUCAGAUAGAUCCAAGGUUUGAGGAAAGUUUACGAAAUCUCCGAGCAUCCACACUGCCACCUGAAGGCUAUUAUGAUGGAAAUUGUAUGAACAAGAAAAGUGAAUUUAAUCCUGGAUGCCAAAAACAUUCUUCCAAGGCUGCUACAUUGCCAGUACAGAUACCCCAGAACACAGAGGAGAAUCAUCACAUACAUAGGAGACACUCGGAGAGUCAUGGUCACCGACGACGACAUGAGGUCGGUAACCAGGCCAGAGUUCGUCGUCACUCGGGAGAAAGGAAGCAGUUGUUGGUACAGGCAGAUCAGUGCUAUAGUAACAGUCAGGAAAGCGGGGAGACAGUUCCCCCAAAUCAGCCGUCAUUUCCUUAUCAUACUCAGCAUAAACAUAUAGACCAUGGUAUCAGUGACCCCCUUUACAGUUCUACCCCUCGUGGACUUCAGAAGGACCCAGGAGAUACUGUUCACAACAACACUGUUGAUGAGCUGUUCAAUGAAAAAUUACAGGAACGAUCACACCGAGGCAAAAAAUCUAGUAAAUCUAGUCGACACAGACAUCGUCAUAGUAUUGCUGAUCACAGUAGUUAUCCUAAAAAUGACAUUAGUUAUGAAUACCAUGGAAAACUGCCCAAGAAAAGCUCUAUUAAGGCCUUAUCUAGGGACAGUGGUGUAAACUGUAUAGGCUUAGGUCAACGUCAAAGUAAGGUCAAAGGUCACAACAAAGACAGAUGCUCAACACCCAUAGAAUUAAUCUCAAAACGAAGUCACUCUGAAGGAAGGAAGCAGUCCAGUAAUCCAAAACAAAAUAAUAUUGAUGUUGGACACACUGACAAAAAACACAGCAAUAUCAAUAAUGAAGUGGUUUGUGUAGCCGAGAUUAACAGUUGUGUGCCACCCGAGGCAAGGGAGAUGACUCCAACAGCAGAGGUUACUCCCCCUGAUGAAUAUGUGCCAUAUAGUGUACAGGAGGAGGAUGAGGGUAUGGAUGGGGAUGUGGACAGCUUUAUCGAGGAAAGUGAACAGAGUUACGACACCGUGAUAGACUCGCGCACAAGAAAUAGCAAACGUAUCUCAGACUUGUGUGAUCAAGCAAGAAAUAUAAACCUAGGUGAUAGUGGCUUCAGCUCACCAGGAAACCACGACAGUUUAAAACAAAACAAUUACAGAAUUACAGAGUCUGUAAAAUGUGAGGAGGUCUCCUAUCAGAGUUCAUCAUCUGGGGGGAAAAACCCCAAACUAUCACACAUGCUGCAGGAUUCCGUGAAGCGUCCUUGUAAAGAUCACUCCCUUUACGAGAGAUCUGACCUAAUAGUGCUAAAUAAUAUGAAGGAUGUUCACAGAGACCAGAACCUGCUUUCUAAUCAUGUGAUGAACCAGAUGCCACUUUACCAAUCCAACCACACAUCACUGGCGACGGAGGCCAUACGACUAGCGGAUAAGUCACCAGUGCCCUUUAACUUCCAGUUUGACGGGGACUACCAAGUAGUUGGGGUGGUAUAGGAUGUUUUAACCAGUUGUGUGUGUUUGUGUGUGUUUGUGUGUAGUUAUUAUGUAAUUGUUUUAUAUCAGGACAUGUGCAUGGUAGACUUUAUCACACAGUAACAUAGUGACUAUCCUCACUUGUUAUUCUGGUUAAAAUAUUGGAUAUUACCCAGUGACAGACAUAAAAUUUAACUGUUUUGGAUUGGAUGAAUGGAUUUUUUUUUUAAAUCAAUGAAAUUUAUACAUUUAGGAUUAUAUUUGGCAGGAAUAUCCACUGACAUGAAACAUCAUUAAUAUUUCUGUACAAAUAAAUAGAUACCAGUGUACCCUGGGCAAUACCCUGUUGAUAGAGAUCAUGCAGAGUUAUUUCCCCUGGUUGUCACAGGGGUUGCCUCCCCUGGGCCCUUCUGUAGUAAUGAUAAUAAGAAUGAUCGAAAGGAAUUCUCAGAAUAAUAGUAAUUUUUGUGAAUUUUGUAUGGUAGUGAAUGCCAGCAGGAUACUUUUUUUUUUUUUUUUUUACAUCAAUGUAUCAUAUUUGUACAUAGUAAUUUAUUUGAUUCUGGACACCAAAGUCUCUAUCUAGUGCAAUGGAUUGGGGUAUGGUGCUGGGCACAAUUUACAGCCUUGCAAUAGUUAUCCCCCUUCCUUCCAAUGAAAUAAUUUUGUGCCUUUAAGUAAUGGAAUCAGGAAUAAUAGUAUACAUUUUAAUAAGUCCUUUUAUAGAAAUAUUCAUUUUCAUGCACAUACCACAGGUACUGGCCUCGUCUCUCAAUACACCAACUAUUUAUUGGGUAUAAUGGGCUGAGGCGAUUGCCUGUGCACAUUCUUGAUAUCUUGUUAAAUUUAUCCACAUCAAAUGGCAGCAACAUUACGCAUUUUCUAGAUUAUUCUAUCCAUUUCCUCAUCAGUAUGAUAAAAGGUACAAUUCAGUGGAUAGGAUGCCUUGUAUAAAUGGUUCAUAACAUCAGUAAGUUGCAUCAAUUUGUGAUGGCUGAGACUUCACAGACCAAGAACAGUAUUUUAUAUAUUUAAUGUUACAAUGUACUUACAAUACCCAGAUGUGCAAUGUCAGUAGUAGUAGAGGAAUACAUUUAUAUUUAAGCUAGUGGGAUAUGUCCUCCGUGGAGUAUAACGGCAGAUCAUUUCUCACCACUAACAAUUAUUAACUUAUUAAGGACUCAAAUUUUAAAUAGAUAUUUUUUUUAUCAUUAAUGAAUGUUUGAAAAUGUACCUGGUUGUUCAUACCAAUUGAGCACUUAGCAGUUGGUUUUUCUAGUGUUCAUCCAAUAAUUGAAGCUUGUGAAAUAUUUCUUCCUUUAUUUCAAGGUUGAAAGAUUUUGUCAUCCUAAAAAGAUUCUUUCUUUAAAUUUAAUGCAAGAUUGUUGAUAUAAGAGAUGUCUUGAUUUCAUAAAGAAAAACAACAUUCCAAUGUCAAUAUUAUGUUGUACUUCAUCACGAGGUGGUGAUGAAGGUUUUAUACAUUUUUUACAGUAUAUAGAAAUUAAACAAAAAUAAUUGAA